UGUUAACAUAGUCGUCAGUCAGUCCCUAAUAGCUCAUGGCGAUCGGUUGCCUUCAAAGUGGCAGAGAUGAUAUGGACAAUUCCUUGUGCCUUUGCUUCUCAGAUCCAUGCUCCUGCACUAUGGAAAAAUAUGAUGACUCCUCGAUGGCGCCACUGGGAUGGCAACAGGCACCGGGGCAAGGGGCCCCUCCGUCGCAGGUCCCCCAACAGCAGCAGCUUUCCGUGGUGACAACGGUUUGGGGCGUCACUACUAGUACCCAGAGUGGUCCCAUGGCGCACGGCUCCUACGGGGGCACCAACACGACCAUGGCUCAGACCCCGUAUUCAGGUGGUAGUCAUCAGAACUCCUACCCUGGUACCAUGACGCCCAAGUCCUACCCUCCCGUCAUGAGUUCCAGGCAGAACGGACCUGGCUACAAUGGCUAUGCACCAAAUCCUCCUCAAAUGUCUGCUGGUAUGCCAGGAGCUAUGCCUAAUACUGGUCACAAUACUGGGAAUGAUUAUCAGACCUCCCAUUCUGCAUUAAGUGCUGCUGCACUCGUAGCUGCUGCUGCAACAGCAACCGCUACAGCUACAGCCAGUGUUGUAGCGCUUCAGGAACGCCAGCAAGGCUCCAAUGUUAAUAAUCAAUAUGGGCAGGUACCAACUAUGCAAGCUUCACCGUAUCAGGCGGGUUAUGUGCCUGGCCCUCAACGAAUGCCAACUAAUCAGCCAAUGAACAAUGGUAUGAGUGCAAAUAUGGGUAACCCAAUGGGGGGCUCAUUAAAUACAAUGACUAAUCAUAUGAACAAUUCUAUGAUGAAUAUGUCAAACUCUGUGUCUCCAAUGUCCAUGAAUGGACCUAUGGGUAUGAACUCUACUGCCAUGAAUAAAUCCAUGGCAGGUGUUGGUGGUGCUGUACAGCCUCCGCAUGCAUCUAUGUAUGGCAGCAGCUCUCCGGGUAUGAUGUCACAAACAAGGAAUAGGGUGGCACCAUAUCCCUCACCUCAGCAACAUAUGGCCCAGAAGAGGCCUACACAGUACAGUCCUAUGGUGCAGCAAUAUGGACCAGCUGGUAUGCAGCAUUAUGGAGCUAAUACCCAGCAUAGUUUUAAUGCUACACAGUAUCCUGGUGGACCUGCUAACCAGUUUGUAAAGCAGCAGCAAUACAAUCCAAAUGUACAGCAACAAGCAAUGACGAACCCCAGCUACCUCACCCAGCAGCAGAUGCGGCCAAGCAUGAGACCUCAGUCAAAUCCAUAUGUCAAUCAGGGAGGACAGUACUAUUCUCAGGGGCAGAUGAAUGGAACACCCCCACAUCAAGCUCCUGCAUAUGAGCAGCAAUAUGGUGGUCCUCAGUAUCCUCAACAAAACAUGCAACGAAACUUAAACUAUCAGCCGCCCUCUAUUCCUGGAAAUCCUACACCUCCUUUAACUCCUGCCUCAGGAAUACCGCCCUACUUAUCUCCAAAUCCUGAUCUGAAGCCUACGUUUCCAGAAAUGAAGCCAUCCUUGCCUGCCCAAAAAGAUGAUGAAUUACGUCUUACCUUCCCCGUUCGUGAUGGCGUCAUCUUGAAUCCUUUCCGUCUUGAGCAUAAUCUUGCUGUGAGCAACCAUGUCUUUCAUCUUAAACCUUCUGUACAUCAAACAUUAAUGUGGCGUACAGAUUUAGAGCUACAGUUAAAAUGUUUCCAUCAUGAAGACAGACAGAUGAACACUAACUGGCCUGCGUCUGUACAAGUAUCUGUAAAUGCAACUCCUCUUUGCAUCGACAGGGGUGAAAACAAAACAUCACACAAACCACUGUAUUUAAAAGAAGUGUGCCAGCCGGGUCGAAAUACCAUUCAAAUCACCGUCACCGCAUGUUGUUGUUCCCACCUAUUCCUGCUACAACUUGUCCAUAGACCUACAGUCCGAUCUGUUCUCCAAGGCCUUCUCAGGAAAAGGCUUCUCCCGGCAGACCACUGCAUAACGAAAAUAAAGAGGAACUUCACAAGUGUGGCUGCAUCUGCCAGUAGUGCUUUAAAUGGUGAAGAUGGUGUCGAACAAACAGCAAUUAAAGUUUCACUGAAAUGUCCCAUCACGUUUAAGAGGAUCACAUUGCCUGCUCGAGGGCAGGAAUGUAAGCACAUACAGGGUUUCGAUCUGGAGUCUUACCUGCAGUUGAAUAGUGAAAGAGGUGCCUGGAGAUGUCCUGUUUGCAAUAAAUCAGCCUUGUUAGAAGGUCUUGAGGUGGAUCAGUACAUAUGGGGUAUUUUGACAAACCUAAGCAGUACUGAUGUGGAGGAGGUUACAAUAGAUGCUACUGCUAGCUGGAAACCCGUGUCAAUGAAAGCAAUCAAAGAAGAGCAUGAUGGAGGAGAUAUGUGCUCUGCAGCAAAGCGCUUCAAAGCCAUGUCUCCAAACAGUAUGACAAUGCCAACAACCAGCACAUGGGAGAUGGGUCAAGGUCUUUCACCUUACUCAGCUCUGCCACCCCCUGAUAUGCAGACAUUGUCAAAUGGUCCCAUGUCUAAUGGACCAAUGUUAUCAAAUGGAGUAAAUUAUGGAAGUGCAUCAAGUGGUUUUGAUUUCCAUUCUUCGGCUUCAGAUUUUAGUAGUCCUCUUUCUCAUUUAAAUGAAAGUGUUUCAUCAUUAGAUCCUCUUGCUGCGAUGGAAAAGUCCUUAAUUCACCAUGAGCAG